CAGCCCUGAGCGCCCUCAGCUCAGUCAGGGGUGGGAAAAGCACCCCGUGAGUAUUUGCUGAAGCGUUUCAUCCUCUGGCUGUGUCCCUGUAUCCCUAAACUCUUGUUUUGGUGUGUUGCAACAUCAAAGCGAGUGUCUUACAAAUUGGGUGGAUGGAGAAUUCACAGGUGUUGGUUGUGCUUAACAACAUAUCUGAGUGGAAGGGAAAAUGGUCAUUAAUCUCCAUCAGUUUGAAUAUUGAUUCAAGUGUUCUAUUGAUUUUGCCCCUGACUCUUAAAAGAGUGGUACAGAAAGCUCUCCCUAAUUAAGCCAAAUAAGGUAAUGGAAUAUAAUCACUUGUAGGGAAAGAACUCAAAAGCAAAUACAUGUACUACAGAUCAGACAGCUCUUUGAUGUGUCAUUUAUGGCUUGGGAAGCUCAUUACCUUUCUUAGGUUUCAUCAGCUGAGCUGAUAAUGAGAGGCACAGAAGCAAACGACUUUGAACAAAAGCUGCAGGCUGCUCCCUGUUUGGGUGCACUCUGGUCAUACACGGACCUGAUGAACAGGUUUCCAGCCAAAACAGCUGCUGGGGCGCACUGGAUGAACAUAACUAAACGAUGUCUGUCCCACGUGGAGCUGUACAUGCAAAAUGGAUAGUAGGGAAAGUAAUUGGGACCAAAAUGCAGAAAACUGCCAAAGUGAGAGUGACAAGGCUUGUGCUGGAUCCCUACUUGCUCAAGUUCUUUAACAAAAGAAAAACCUAUUUUGCYCAUGACCCACUGCAGCAGUGUGUUGUUGGAGACAUUGUUCUUCUGAAAGCUCUGCCCGAGCGAAGGAGCAAACACGUGAAACACGAACUGGCUGAAAUUGUGUUCAAGGUUGGCAAUGUCAUAGAUCCAAUCACAGGCAAGCCCUGUGCAGGAACCAGAUUCCUGGAAAACCUGUCCGAUUUGGAAAAUCUGACAGAGGCAGAUACUACUUAUCUAAGUGAGAAACUUCAGGAACUUAAAGUUUGUUCAACAGACAAAUAGUGUGGGGGAAGUAUUUUAAGCAGAGGGCUUCCAGCUUUUGUUUCUCUCUGUCAGGGAUGUUUGAAGCCCUGCUGUGAAUGUUCAAUGUUUCAGUGAAAUUUAUAGUUAAAAUAAAUAGUAAAUGUAGUUGCUUAUGCAAAGGGAUGUKGCAGAUUGAUGGGCACCUGGAGCUUUGAAUGAAAAUGCAGAGAAAAAAUGCAAGUUUAAUGUUCACACUUCAUUUUGUUGCCUGUAGUUUUGCCCCAAGCCCUGACAGUUCCCAAAGCCAGCUGCCCUCCUGGAAUGACUGCUUUGUGUUAAGACCAGACUACAGCUGUGUGAUGUUUGAUUUUGGUGGGAGUGACAUGACAUUAUUGGAUUGUUCUGUAYUUCAGGCAGUCUUUUGUGGUUUGUAGGGUUACUGGAGUUGAUGCUAUUAAAGCUUUUGAAAGGAAGUGUAGAAUUUUAAAACCAGCUGCA